AUGGGGACGAUAGGAUCACUUUUUCUGUUCCUCCACAUCCUGUACGGAAAAGGCCUGGCGCAGGCCGUUGUGGAGCUUGCAGCUGUGAAAGAGAAAGAGACCCAUGAGCCCCGUAUCAUCCUCCGCUAUGAGUCUGGUUCAGCGAUAUCCUUGAAUGAACGUGUCAAGCAUCUCGAGCAUCUCUCUGGGGUUCGACGAGCGGAAGUGCUACCGAGCCUAGACAUGGCUGUCGUCGCGUGUGACGCAGAUUCACAGGAGGAUGAUAUGCUGGAGAUUCUCCAGGCACAGGAUGGUGUUGAAGUUGCAGUACCAGAUACUUGGCUCCAGUUGGACGAGGAGCAUGUCGAGAAGCGUCCGGAGCGUCUCUGUUCUGCAAAUCCUCAAUGUAGCGCAAUUGGGCUCCGUGGCUUGUGCUGCCCAACUCCUGAUGGACUGCACUUGGGGUGCUGCGACGACAAUCGUGGUGCUGCCCCCUUGCCUAGACAUCGUGAGCACGGCCUCAGCACAAUUUCAUUGCAGAGCUGGCAUGGUGGCUUUAUGGCCGGGAUGCCCUGGGGUGCGGUCGGAUUCUAUCCCAACAAGCUUCACCCGGACACGCAUUUCUUCGUGGUUGCACAUGAUGACGGUUACAAUUCUUUGAAGACCCAGUACGGAACUUAUGUGGUUGCAACACCGUCUGGUAGACUGGCAUUGUGGCACCGUGGACAUCCGGAGGCAGACGACUUCGAGAAGUUCAAGUUCAUCUACAACAAGGAUGGCACACUUACGCUGCGAAGCAAGAUUUCGGACAUGUAUGUUGCAGCAGAAGACCCCUUGUGGGGAGUGCUCUCAGCCGACAGAGAUGAGAUUGAUGAUUGGGAAAAGUUCAACGUUACCUUCACACAUGGCAAAGACACAGUUAUUCCGAAUGAUGCCUCCCUGGACAGGCUUUGGGGGUUGCAUCAUUACGGUGACCGUGACAUCGAUGCUGCAGAGGCUUGGAGAAUCGCUCAUGCACCUUCCCCAGAGGGGAUUGUGGUUGCAGUGAUUGACACCGGGAUCGACUACACGCAUCCGGACCUCAAGGAUCAAAUGUGGGUCAAUCCAAACGAAAUCCCUGACAAUGGCAUCGAUGAUGAUGGCAAUGGGAUCGUGGACGACAUUCACGGGGCCGAUUUCGCCAACAAUGAUGGAGAUCCUAUGGAUGAUCAAAUGCAUGGAACACACUGCGCAGGAACCAUUGCAGGCAACGGCAACAACUCCAUUGGAGUGGCUGGAGUGGCUUGGCAAGGAGUUCGGCUCAUGGCCAUGAAGUUUUUGUCUGCUUCUGGUGGCGGACGUACCUCCGAUGCCAUCAAAUGCCUGAACUAUGCUGUGGCCAUGGGCGCGAAGCUCUCUAGCAACUCUUGGGGAGGCGGCGGAUCUUCUUCGGCAAUGCGAGUGGCAAUUGAGCGUGCAGAGCAAGCCGGAAUGCUGUUCAUUGCCGCCGCCGGCAAUGAAGGGUCCGACAAUGAUGAAUUUCCGCAUUACCCCUCCAACUAUCCCACCGCAAAUAUUGUGUCCGUAGCAUCCACAACAAAGACUGGGUCAUUGUCUUCUUUUUCAUGCUACGGGAAGACGACGGUGGACGUGGCAGCUCCUGGCAGCAGCAUCUACUCGACGGUUCCGAACAACAAAUAUGCUUCCCUGAGUGGAACAUCUAUGGCCACGCCACAUGUCAGCGGGCUUGCAGCACUGAUCUGGCUGCAUCGUCCCCAACUUACGAUGCCCCAAGUGAAGCGCAUCUUAAUGGAGUCUACGACAAAGGUGGAUGCACUUCAAAACAGCAGCCUCACGGAGGGGCGCGUCAAUGCGCGACGUGCUCUGAUCUUGGCUGCAUCAUAUGAUGCGCUCUAUCCGCCUGUGAACCGACCUCAAAGUCUAGUCUUCACGGAUACCGACCCAGAAGUUGGACGAAUAGGCGGAGUUGCUUACAUCACUGCAGCCGCGGAUGAAAGCGACGUUGCCUACUACAGUCUGCACUUCAUGUCGGUCGCUGGGUUUCUGAUGGAGCGAGUUGGCAGAGUGAAUGCAUCGGGGGCAGUCUCCCUGCAAAUCACACUUCAGAACGUGACCAUCCCGAAGUAUGUCACGAGCUUGGCCGUAGUUGCAGCCAACAAGAGUGCAACUGCCGGACCCUCAAAAGCAGCGGUCGUUGACAUCAAAGACUACGGGGUUCCCAAGUACGGACCCGGAGAAGUUUCUUGGGGUGGUGAUGUGGACGGGCGGUUGGGGUACAUCGCGGGGCAAAUCCAGUUCCGGCGAGCAAAAGCGGAAAGCAGCAUCACACACUACAACCUUUACUGGAAGGAUGAAGCCCGAUCCUUUCUGGGAAAGGUGCCUGCGUCUGGUUUCGCGACUCCUUCUUGUGAGGGAGACUGCUCGCUGGUGGACACCAACAUUACUGGAGAUGUCUACACAUUCCAUCGAGGAGCCUACACGAACAAUGAGAUGGCGGCCAUCACUUUCAGUGGUCCUGCCACAGUAUGGCUGACCAGCUUCCGGACAGAAAAGUAUUACGACUACCUCGAGAUCGGUGGCCAGCAGUUGUCAGGAACACGGCUAGUACUCCCCAUGCGAUUUGACCUGGAGAGUGGUCCACAAAGGAUCACGUGGUCCAGUGAUCGCUCCGAGGUCGAGGAAGGCUGGACGCUGGAUUUGUUGCAGACGGGCUCAAUGGCCAGCUAUGCUUUGCAGCCUUUGGCUCCACCAAGUUGGCAUGUGGAGGUGGUCUCCGCCUAUGCCGACACGGAGGGCCAAAACGCCUCUCAGGGUGAGCUUUCCGACUUCGAUGCGUCCAAGAUGCCACCUUCUGCAGCUUUGAAGCCACGUCAGUUGAGCUUCGUUGACGUCGAUGUGCAACAGGGCAUCAUCGAGGGACACAUCCAGUUCUUGCCGCCACCGAGCUGCGAGGACACCAUCACCUUCUACAAAGUGUUCGUUGCAGAUGCCCAGGGCGAGGCAAUCGAUGGAUUUCAGUGGACAUUGCCAGGGACACAGAACUGCUCUGCCUUGAUGCAGGUGACUGUUGAACGCACAGAAGUUCCGUCUGAUGCCGUGCAGGUUGUGGUCAUAACGGGGAACCAGAACGGCGAGGGUCCAUCUCAAUCAGUGCCUCUGGUGGACAUUGUCAGGAGUGCUCCGGUCAAUGCUACCUUCACAGGAGACUCAGAUCCUGCCCGGAAUCAGGUCAAGGGCGGCAUCAGAAUCACGCCUGCAGCAAACCCAAAGGGAAUACGUUCGUAUGCAAUCUACUUCGUCAACGGCACUUCAAAGGAGAAGCUUUUGGGGCGUGUGGCGGCCGAGUUGGAUGAGGUCGUCGUUUACGAAUUCCACAUCAUUGUCAAGACUUCGCUGCGUGACUUGCUUGUUGUCAGCGUCUAUGAAGACAUGGAGAUGGAUGAGGGCAUCUUCCUUCACUUCGAGGAUGUGUAUGAUGACCCGGACGAGGCAGAGGACGACGGACGAAGGCUGGCUGCUGAGACGUCAGAUCUGGAGCCGUGGUUGCGCAGACCACACCCACCAGCCUGGAAUGAAGUCCAGCUGCUUUGGACAGAGCCCAGCAUCGGGGAAUUGCAGACGAAGAAGUCCGCCAUUGAAGUCCGAAGCGACAAGAGGGUCAUGGGAUCGCUAACCAUACCAGGCAUUCUUGGCAGUGUGAGCACGUCAGGCACACGGCCAACAUUUGUACCACCAAGUCUCGAAGCGAGGAAAGCACUUGUCUCGGUGCUGGCAGAGAGUUUGCCAGCAGUGUCCCAAGAGCAGGUGCGGCUUACAAAGGGCCAGAUGCUUACAUGCCAGGCUGCUGUACGGUCGAAGCAGCUGAAAUUUCCAGCACCGCCAGACUCCUUGGACAGCGCAUGCCUGGUGAUCAACUUUGAGGUGUUGCCUGACGCCAGUUUGGCUCUUCAUGCCAAGCAUUCGCAGGAUUUCCUUGACAUGGUCGAGGCCAGACUGAUCGCCUUGCACCGUGGGAGCUCAGCUGCGCAGAAGAUGACUGAUCUGCUCAGAAGACGCUUGCAGGGAGUGAUUUCGGCCGCAGAUGGAGUUUGGGCGGUGGUGGGUGAACCACAGCAGAUUGCACCAAAGGUGCAUGCUGACUCCAGGUCAUUGACAAGCAUCGGCCUCGGUGAAGAAUGGGAGGAUGAGCCCGAGCUUCCUGAGGAAGCCGAGGAAGCCAGUCCACUGAUGCUUUCUGUCUCCAUUGGAGCAUUGCUUGGUGGAAUCACCGCGGCUAGCUGUGCAGCACUACGCUUGGUGAAGUACCGGAAAAGUUUGGUCAAAGAGCCCAUGGCCAUGGCCGUGACGCCCCAAGUGGAUCCGGUGCAGCCGGUCUCCGACCACUCCGACUCGCUUGAUGUCAGCCUACAGCUCGGCGAACGAAACGAGUGA